AAAAGAGAAAGUUCCCAAGAUGGCGGCGUGGACCUGCUUGUCCGCUGGAAAACAAUAGAAGCAGCACAGAGGGACCGAGUUAGCCCCUUCUGACUGACCAGUCUCCACCUUACAGCCGUACACAUCCCGACUCGGGCUCGGCCACGGGGAGGAUUAUCCGCGCCGGCACCUCGGGAGAUAUACGUUUAAAGUAUGAUGCUUUAUUUAAAUGUUUCACGCUAGCCACCUAGCUAGCCAGCCAGCUAGUCGAGCUAUCGUUACCCAAAACAUAGCGUUAACAGCUAGCGGCUAACGGCUAGCGGCUAACGGCUACACGGAGGCGGAGGAUCAGCUGUUAGACAGAUGCUGUAGGAACAGCGGACAGCUACACUUUCACAUGAGUGCUGCUGUGACUGAAGGCCAUUAGCAAGACAAAGGUCGCCUCCAUGGAGCCAGCACAGGAGUCUUUGUAAAGGGCGAGGGGGGGUGUAUAGACGCCCAGAGUGAAAAAGAGCCAAAUUCAGCAUUUUAUGGACGAAACCUGAGCCGGGAGUUUACUACAAGUCUGUAUUGAUGAUGGCGGAUUUUGUUACACCGCGACACAGCGCGGUGAUGGAGAGGCUCCGCCGGAGGAUCGAGCUCUUCCGGCAGCAUCACAACAGCUGCGAGAGCCGCUACGAGAACACGACGCUGGAACGGCUGGAGCUGGAUCGGCAGCACACCUUCAACCUGCACCAGCGCUGCCUGCAGGCCAAAGCCAAGCGGUCCAACAAGCACCGGCAGCCCCAGCCCAGCGGAGACCAGGCCGGCCAGAGGGCGCCGGGCAGCGGCGGCGGUGGAGGCGGCGGCAGCGGGGAGCUCGGGGAGAGCGGAGGGACCGCGGCGGAGCAGAGCCGGAACAGCACCCUGAUAGCGCUGCAGGAGACGGUGAAGAGGAAGCUGGAGAGCGCUGGUUCUCCGCUGGGCAGAGAUCAGGUCAACGGUUUCAGCGAUGGUUUCCCCCCGAACAAGAAGGCCUGUCUGGACAAUGGCACCGCCAACGGCUCCCCGCUGGACUCCAAGCUGGGCAUCAGCGACUCCCUGAACUCUAACGGGACCCACGGGUCGGCGGGGGAGUCAACGGACGGCAGUGGCGGCGGCGGGGAGCCCGGUGUGGACUUCCACCGGAAGGAGAUGAAACAGGAGCCGGACGACAUCCUGCCCAUCAUGCCGCCAUCGGGCGGAGGCAACAACAGCCUGUUCCCCGACCUGAACCUGAACGAGCAGGAGUGGACGGAGCUGAUGGAGGAGCUGAACUGCUCCGUCGCCUAUGAGGACAUCCAGGACAUUCUCAACGACGGCUUCGAGGACCGCAAAGAUCCUCUGGAGCUGGCGCCGACUCCAGGCGGUGGUGGGGCGGUGGGUGGAGGAGGGGCAGGAGGAGGUGGGGGAGGCCAGUCAUCCCAGGGGCUGCUUCCUCCAGAUCUGGCCACGGUGAAGGCGGAGUUUUCCCCGGCCUCUGCAGUUUUCGAGCAGGACUCUCGCACCGGCUCCCCCCACGUCAGGUCCACCUCCUCCGGGCCUCCUCCUCCUCCUCACCCCACCAGCUCCCCCGUCGCCUCCUCCUCCGCCUCGUCUCCGGCUCUGCCCCCAUCUCAGCCGGCUCCUCCUCCCCCUAGGCAGCUUCAGCAGCCUCCUCCACCCAACCACCUCCUCCCCCCGGGGCCCCCGGUCAGUAAAGACCUGUCCCACACCCAGCAGCUGCAGCAGCUGGCCGCCCAGCAGCACCUCCACAGGCAGAUCCAGCACAAACAGCCGCAACAGGGGCCCAAGUUUCACAACCCGGGGCCCCACGCCCACCCCCCGGCUUGGCCCCAGAUGACCAACACCUCUCAGAGCCCACUAGGGGGCGCGUUUGGUAUGGACAAGCCCACGAGCCCCUCCCUGUACCCGCAGGACUUCAACCCCAACGCCCAGAAGCAGCUGCUGAUGUCCGGUCAGCCCAACAAGGGCUCUCCCAAGGCGGGGGGUGGCGGCUACAUGCCGGGGCCCGGCGGGCACCCCAACAUGAUGGGGCACCCGGCGUCGGGGCCUCCUCUCAGCCACCCGCCCGCCCCAGGAGCCCAGGCCCAGGCCGCCAUGCUGAACUACAACAACACCAAACCUCUGUCGCACUUUGAGGCCGGGCCCGGUCCGCCGCGGCCCCCCAACGCCCAGAACCAGAACAAGGCGGCGCUGCUGGCGCUGCUCCGACAGCAGCAGCAGAUGAAGCAGAAGAACAGCAUGAGCUUCCGACAGAUGCCACACACACAGGACCAGAACAACUACCCUGCUCCUCCGCACGGCCCGGGCCCCGCCAACACCAUGGCGUCCGCGCCGGGCAACAACGGCAUGGCGGCCCAGCCGGGGACGAACGCCAUGGCGGGUAACCACGGCAACGCGGCGGCGUACAUGAACAACCCGGCGGCGGUGGCGGCGGCGGUGCUGAAGCAGCAGCAGCAGCAGCAGCAACAUCAGCAGCAUCAGCAGCAGAUCCUGGAGCAGCAGAAGCAGCAGUACAUGCAGAGGCAGCAGCUCAUGGCUGAACAGGAGAAGCAGCGGCAGCAGCAGCAGGACCAGCAGCUUCAGAGACGCCUGACCCGACCUCCACCACAGUACCAGGACCAGCCGGGACAGCCGGCCAAUCAGAACCCUUUCCCACAGCAGCCAGUCAACCAGUUUACAGCUUCCUCUCAGCCAAUGGGCAGCGUCAGCUCCAUGGGAGGCCCCGCCCCCGGCUCGCAGCGUAUGUUCCCUCAGAACCAAGGCAUGAUGGGUAUGAACAUGGGUCAGGGAGGCGGGCCGGCGGGCAGCGUGGCCCCUCCCCCCGCGGCGAGUCAGGCUGAUAUGAGUCUGGCGUCCUGCGGCGGCGGAGGAGGCGGGGCUGGCGUGGAUGUCCAGCAGGUCCUCUACAACAACAUGAACCUUCACCCCAACCACCCGGGCCACCCGCCGCAGCAGCCCGGCCUGCAGCGCCAGCCCCUGGGCCCCAUGAGCGCCGCCUACAGGCAGAACCUGCUGGCUCAGCAGCAGCACCUGAAGACGCAGCCCAUGCUGAAGCAGCAGCAGAUGGCCGCCGCCGCCGCCGCCCGCAUGCCGGCCUCUAUGCAGAACAGCAUGGGGGCGAACCUGCCCGGCUCGUUGCCCGGCAGCAUACAGGGCCCGCAGAGCGCCGCCUGGCAGCAGCAGCUCGCCAACCAGCCGCCCUCCAGUAACGCCGGCCUCACGCCCAACGCCUUCAACAACACCCCCAACGCCUUCCACAUGCAGCAGCCGCGCAUCCCCAAGAUGCCGCCCGGCGCCACGCCGUUUGGCGCCAACCCCGGAGGUCGCCCGAUGGGAGGCCUGAACCCCGGGCAGCAGAUGAUGCAGACAAACAUGGCCGCUGCCCAGCAGAGGGCGCCGCCCAACCCGCAAAGCCUGGGCCAGCCGAUGGCCAAUCAGCAGCAGACUCAGCAGCAACAGGCCAAUCAGAACCAGGCCGUCCUCCCCGACCUGGCGGCGUUCGGACAGCCGCAGGGCAACGGCCGCCAGGGACUGCAGUGUAACCAGGGAUACCAGGUGAGCAGGACUGCCAAUCAGCAGCAGCAGGUGUCGUUUGGAUACAACGUGGCGUCGGGGAGCUUCGCCGCAGAGAGCGACCUGGUGGACUCACUCCUAAAGGGUCAGAGCCCCCAGGAGUGGAUGGCCGACCUGGACGAACUGCUCGCUAGCCAUCACUAGGCAAACACACCUGUCUGCACCUGGAGCACCUGAACCCUGCUGAGCUGAGAGGCUGCGCGGCGGAAACAGACGAGUCGACUUCCUGCGGCUGAAAAGACUGAUUUCUGUUUUCAGACCGACAGCAGCGCUGCUCCGAGGUCUGCGUGUUAGCGUUAGCCACCGAGCUAAUGAGAAACGACCACCGGUCAGCUGACGGUGUGCGUCAACAUCUCGUUGGCUGGUGAACUCAUGAAGGAUCUGUGUGCGAGAUGUUUCCUCCCCUGAUGUUCUCACUCUGUCAGGGGAGAAUUUAUCCCUCCCACAGAUGUGUGAGCCAGCUGCCAAAUCCAUUGCAAUGCAAUGAAGAAACAUGGGGAAGUUUGAGUCAGUCAGCAGCCAGAGUUUGCUUCUUGCUCAAAGACACUUCGGCUGAGCAGACGUCGGAGUCUGAACCGCUCUGUCAGCUCAAACCUGGAGGUUUAAAAUAAGUUAAAUCCAUCAGUGACACGAGCGGAGCCCUGACACCAGGGUCCAUUCAAAAAUCUGCCAGUUUAACGAUGAGUUGCUCGUUGCAAAGCUACACACACCAGGUAGAACAGAACUUCAGAGCUUUUAUAAGUUGUCGUGGUGUAUCAGUAAAUUCUGCUCAUGCAUGAAGAGCCGUGUGCUGCCGUCCUUCCCCCUGUGACAUGAGUUUAGUUAAAUGUACAGUUACACUAUAUAUUCAUCUCGAUCGUGCACUAUUUUAGAAGAGUUGUUACUGAGAAAUAGAAACAGGAGAUCAGUGUAUAAAUUCUAUUUGAGCGUGGAGCUGUUCUGAGGUUUCCCAUCACACUCAAAGAUUAAAACCUUAAAAAUGAAGAGCUACCUCCGGCCCUGACACCAGCAAAAAGAACCUUUUUUAUUUUCUAAAUUGAGAUUUUCAGUAUGGUAACAUGGGGCAACACUACAAUAAAAAAUCCUGUGAUCUUUAGUCUGUAGGCGAAGUUUCUUUUACUGUGAAGACGACGUAUUUAAAUACACAAUCCAGGUUCUGUUCUACGUCGUGUGUGUGAAUUUGUAAUCGAGUAAAACAAAACAAAAACCAUCGGAGCUGUCGAGCUUCAGACCGGAGUCGAGUCUGUGUGUUAACGGUGUGUAGAUAAUCUGUUACACACCGCGAGUGUUUACUGAUGACUGGAGACUGAACGGAGGAGUUGAACUACGACUACUACUGAACCUAUGGCUCAGUGCUAAACCACUGUACCUUCCUCCACAGCGCCACCUAGAGACCAUCAGCACUACUCUGAGCGUCAGACAAACUAAGGGUGAUUAUUCUAUAAAACUAUGACUUAAAGUUUAAAACACACAUCAGCAUUAAGUGAGGGAGACAUUUUAAAGGACCAUACCACUGUUUUACUGGUGAGAAAGUUUCAUUCCAUCACAUCGUGUUCCAGGCUUUUACUUUUUUAUUUUUCCGUCGAUACUGUGACUUCACUGCGAGAAGCUGACGUGACGGCGGAACAAACUAAACUAGGUGUUGACUGAGUUGAUUUUCAUAUUGUAGGGAAAUAUCUGGAAACAUACGCCACUGGGAAGACAAACAGGCAGAAAGCAAAUAUUUAAAUAUCUUAAUACAGCAGGCUUUGUUUAGGGAAAUGAUCUGCAGUAAUGUAAAGUGAUUUUUUUUCUUUAGCAGCCAGGCUGACUGUCUCUGAACAGACUGAAUUUCCUUUGGCUCAAACAGUUGGUGCUUGUUUUAGUCUUCUUAUGAUGAGGAGUCACAUUCGCCUGCGUCGACAUUAUAACCACAAAUAUUUUUCUUUUUUUUCUGGCACAAAAAUCUGCUCUGGCUCGGCCUAAAACUCUCUCGUUUUUAUUUAAGUAAACUUUUUCUGCAAGUGGAAGAAAGUGUAAAAACAUUUUCCUCCACUUGCACAAAAUAUUUUUGAGUUAUUUUGACUGAAUAUUCUGAAUAUUUCUGACCCUGCGAGCAGGUUUUUGUUCAUUAGUCGACAGUGAUAUGGUCCUUUACUUAGGAAGUUUCAGUGCUUAUGUGAAAGAAAAUAUCCAGAUGUGUUAAAAGAAACAGCAGGUGAAACACUGACCAGCAGAGAUACAGGAAGAGAAGCACUGUACAUCCCAUUCACACACAUUUCUGUUUCCCUGCGAGCUUUUAUUUUUGUUGUUUGGUUUAAAAUGUAAAUGUUCUCAUCAGGAGCAGCUCUGACGGAGGUGUUAAUGCUCCGGGUCGGGAAGCAUUAACCUCCUGAGCUUCCAAUCCAGUGACACCUUCCAUAUUUCAAAACCCCCUUUUCUUUCUUUUUGUGACUUUUUUCCUGAGCUUGAUGUCGUCCUGUAGAUUAUAUUUAAACACAAACCAGCAGCGGUGGUCACUACAGAGAAAAACGGUUCUGAUCAGAUCCUGAGACGGUUUCUUGUUGUAAUGCUGCGUUCAAGUCUGACUGGGGAAAAAAGCAGAACAUUCUGGGGUCUGGAGGGUUGGUUUGGCUGCCUGGGAGUCCAGUUUCAGGGCAGAAAUGUACCAAAAACCGAUUAAAAACCAGGUGUAAAACAUGAAGUCCUGUAAGAUUUCUUUUCACUGGUUACUGUUCUUGACACAGUUACCGAUAUUUGGUUUUUAACAGUUUAAACCUUCACUAUGGAGGUGUUUCAUUAGAUAUUUUUACCUAAACAAAAUAAAAACAAAAUAUUCUCAGACUAACUGGCCUUUUUCCCACAGUUAGAACUUGUUUUGAACGCAGCAUUAAAGCUCAUCACACCAAAUGUUUCCUAAAACGACAGCAGAUGUAAAAACUCUGAUAUUAAAGUGUUAAAACGUUCAGUCGGAUCAGACCGCACGCGAUGAGUUCUGUAUUCAUCGUUUCUGUUCUGUGGUCGAUUAUUGAUCAUCUGCUCUCUGAUUUCGACGUCUCCUCUGAUCGCAGUCUGUCUGUCGUUCCUGUUUUAAGGCGGAUCUGUGACCGGGUCGUCCUGUUUAAGGUGGAACUGUGACCCGGUCGUUCUAUCUACUGUACUGUUUUUGACUUCUUCAAAGAAACAUAUGCAUUUUGUUUUUUUGUUUUUGUUUUUUUGCGGACAUGUUUGUGUAUUUUAUUUGUAAUGUUAUUAUUGCUAAACAAUAGCUUGGGGCUGGUUUCAUGUUUUCAUCCAAAUCGCUGCCGAUCCUCCUGCCGAGUCUCCAGCUUCCAGCCUCGCUCAGCCUCCCGGGGUUUUCUGGGUUUAACUGUUGUGAACGGGCUCUGUGUAAAUGUCUAUAAAUAUAUUUUUUGUAUGUAUGCCUUUCCUAAUGAUCUGGAGAAGAUAGAUGUUAUUUUUAUAUAUUGCCGCGGAUUUUUUGUAAGUAUUUUAUACUUUUGAUAUGGUUCUCUGUAAAACAAGAGUAUUAUGUAAAUAUAGUUCUUUAGAAACAA